AUGAUUGCUGCGGCCGCUCAGCAGCAGCAGCAGCAGCCGGGGCUCCGUGGAAAACACACGGCUUUGUUUCCCACCCAGCAUCCCCCCCCCACACCCGACACACACACACACACAACACCUCCUCCACCGCCGCAUCUCUGCCGCUAGUCAUGCCAUGGAUACUUUGUGGCAAUACCAGUUCCGAAUCAUCCUGCUGGGGGACUCCACCGUGGGGAAGUCGUCGCUGCUGAAGCGCUUCACGGACGGGAUUUACAGCGACGUGGCGGAUCCCACUGUGGGGGUGGAUUUCUACGCCCGCUCGCUGGACAUCGAGCCCGGGGUGAAAAUCAAGCUGCAGCUCUGGGACACGGCCGGACAGGAGCGGUUCAGGUCUAUCACAACAUCAUACUACCGCAACUCUGUUGGGGGACUGCUAGUCUUUGACCUCACCAACCGCAAGACCUUUGACCAUGUGAAAGAAUGGCACAAGGAGGUGAGCGAGCACAUCCUGCCCCACCACAUGGUCUACAUUCUCAUCGGCCACAAGAGCGACCUCAACAAGGACCGCAAGGUGAGCCGGGAUGAGGCCGAGCAGCUUGCCGCCGAUCUGGGAAUCCGCUACAUCGAGACGUCGGCUAAGUGCAACAGCAAUGUGGACCGGGCGUUCGAGCUGCUGACCAGAGAUAUCUUCGAGCUGAUGAAGAUGGGGGAGAUCGUUACCCGUGAUGGCUGGGAUGGCGUUAAAAGUGGCCUCACUGCAAAGGUCCUCUACCCGGGUGAUGAUGAAGAGGAACUUGCAACUGCUUCCCCGGAGAAGGGCUGCCACUGCUAACUGUUGAUUCUUUGUGUUCAUAAACUGUCCCAUCGCACUGAGAUCUCACCUCGUCUUGCAGCCGUCCAUAAAACCCAGACCACUCUGGGUCAGCACCCUGUGAUGUAGCCACUGUUCCUUCCUUACUUUGUGACUUGUGCCCUUGUCUUUGUUUGGGUCACUCUAAGAGCUGGGAUUAUUGCCAGACUGAAAUGUGCAUUCCAGUCUUAUUGGCAGGUGGAAUCUAUGUAGUGAGACAUAACACCAGGUGCAUAGAGCCUUACCCAAUGUGAAAAACAGAACCCAGCCAUAUGCCCUUCUCUGAGUACAGGAGCAAACGGACUUAUGAUUGUAAGGUCUACCUGUCAAAGUUUGUGCAAUGUUUUGCCUACACUCUGUUGUAACUCGUAGAUAAUAAAAACUAUAGAGAUGGUGUGCAAAGAGAUCACAGGAAGCUGUUGAAGUUGAUAGUGUAAAGAGACACAGCAUACUGCAAUAAGUGUAAAUCGGUGUGCUGCUCCUCCUGUUAUUGUAAACUGUGUGCACUAACACCAAACCGAUUUUAAACCUUUAAUCAUCUUGUAAAUAGAUGCAUACCAUCAGAAUCUGAGGAUAUUUGUAGUUAAGAUGUUUACAUGCAGAUAGACCAUGGUACUAAGGUUAGUGGUUCCAUUUAAGGCAUCUGUAAUUAACACUAGUAAUAAGAAAGAUGGACACUACAGGUAUUAAUGUCUCACUAAGAAUUGUUUGAAUUGGUAAAGGAAAAUAAUUUUUUUAUUUUUUUUUUCUAUAUGCAGUCACUAAUUUAGGGUAGGAUUGAUAAAACUGUAACAGUUUUAUUUGGACAGAUGACACUGAGAGGAAACUGGAAUCAUGGGAAAAUUGUGAGAGAUGCUGUGAGACUUGUUGUUCCCACUUGUUAAGUGGGAAAAACUGAAGGUUUGGAACAAUUUUCCAACCAUUUUCAUCUUACAAAAACACAAGAGUAAGUAACUCAAACAAAAACUCCUUCAGCUCUCUUUUAAGCCCUUUUUGAAAGUCACAGUUGAAAGCGAAAGGCUUUAUAGAGUGUAGUAACUUCAACUUUCCAAGUGCAGACACUGGUAGUGUUAGGUGGGUGAAUUUCUCAUUAGGCUUCUCCCCUUCACCCUCAAUCAAACUUGUUUUCUGUCACUUGUUACAUGGCUACAAAACUUUUCCUUGCUCUACUUAUUUUUAAAAUUUUUCUUUCAAUCAUCAUAAAAUUAGCGCAUCUUUUGUAACAUUCAAGUUGUAAGUCAAAUCUUACAGCGUAGAGAUUAGGUAUCUUCUGUGGGUGGAUCUGCACAGUUCUGAGCUGUGACACAAACUCAGUUCAUGUACUAAAAGGUGUGAAUAUAAGCUAAUUAUGCUGAAUAAAGGACAUAUUAACAUUGAUAUAUUCAGGUUCGCAAGCUAACAGGUUGACAGUUAACUAUUGCAUAACUAGCUUCUACUGAACUGCUCUUCUCACAGGAAUAACAUCACGCAAAGUACAUAACAAGCUGUUAUUGUCUCAGCUUUGCAUUCUAAUAAAAAGCAUGCUUUAGGAGCCGUGAAAACUGUAGGUCUGAAAAGGUCUUUCAGUGCCAACCUGGUGUUUCCCCUUAUGCCACCUUUGAGUUUUCAUGUUGAUAACCAUAAAACAUUGAGCUAAAGACAGAACCCCAGCUCUAACGCAACUCUCAACCUCAAGAACAUCAACAUGUGACGUUCAAGUUCAUGCCUCUGUUUUGGGUGUUUUUUGUCAUGGCGGUGUUGUACUGCCGCCUAUAGGUCUGGCAUGGUUACUGCAGUGUUUUGGAUAAUUUUCAUGACUUUUGAAAUAAUGUCAUGUUCAUCAGAAUUUUUUUUGAAUCAACCUAUAUCUUGAUAAGGUCUAAGAUAAUAUUUGAUGGUUCAUUCAGGUCUUUUUCAGUGACUGCUAUUCUGAGCUGUUCUUUGAACUUGCUUGCGUUUGAAAGUGAUUGGUGCAUGUUUCCAAACAAAAGUCUAUCCACUGUGUUCUUCCUUUUAGUUUGAUGGUCUAUCUAACAAUGACUGCUAUGGGAUCAAUUCUUUUAACUUUAGCUUUAAGAUAAUAUAUUAGCCAGCCAGCUACCAAAUUAAAAGGUUUGUUUUCUACUGCUUUUUGUCUUUUGCAGACUUCUGAUAUAUGACAAAUAAGUGUGCUAGUAUACUUCUGGGUCUAUUUCUCCGUGUGUGAGGCUCAGGUAAGAUGUUUCUGCUUCAAUUCUUCAAGGUAAAACAGACAAGAAGCUUUCUUAUAGCGGGGAGUGAACACAUUCUUCUUGUUAAAUCUUACAAGAGGAAAAAGUUAAAUGUUUCAUCAACAUUUAAAAUUGUUACUAUUAAUGUAAUCUCAAAAUUCUCAAAACCCAAACUAUGUCUUAUUAGUCAAGAAGGAAGAUUAUUUUUGCACCUUAAUUGUAGAAAAAAAUAUUUAUUUGUUGGGAGUUCUAAAUUAUACUCUAAAAUAUAUCAACUUACUACUAAAGUUACUAGGGGUGAAUCAAUCACUCAGGCCUGAUUUCCCUCAUUUUCGGACAUCAGUGAUCGACUGAUACUUACAUAUGAAGCUGAUGUUGUCCACUGAUCUUAACUACCUGGGUAAAGGUCUAAAAAUCAGCCACUGUUCUCCUUUACUCUGCCACAAGAGAGGUUUGACUGACAGACCGACCCACCAUAUCAUGUCUGCAUGUUUGCAGUUAAGGAUAGUUACUUUACUGUUACCAACUCAGCAACUUUCUUGCUAUUGGAAUGGUCAAGGUCAGGGUUCUUAAAGAUUGGCAAUCUGCGAUCAGCCAGAAAACUGCAAUCGGUGCAUCCCUAAAAGUAACCCAAAACUCAUGACUAAUUUAACCACCACUCUUUCUUUUACAAUGCCAUACUCAGUGAAGAGUGAAAUGUAAUUACAACAAAGCUGCAGCUGCAAACGUGACAUGCAGCCUUCACGGGUUUCAGCCUUCUUUUGGACUAAAGAGGUUUAAAACAAACAGCCUGAUAACGCAGAACUCUUAACUUAGGAAUUGACUCGUCUUCGCUACCUACUAAACCUCCACCACCAAACACAAGAUUGCCAGACAUUUAUUCUGUUCUAUAAUAUAGAAUAUUUAGUUAAUUCAGCAUACAAUAUAUGUUAUAGCACAGUGUAAGAUAAGGACGAUAGUAUGCUACAUCUGCAGCAUCCCUUUAUUUUUUACUCUUACACUCAAAUUCACUUUUCUAUAUAUUUUUGUUCAUGUAUGUUCUGAGUGCGCAGGAAGACUUUGUCUUACAGGUUCUUUGCCUUGAUAGAUUCAAUUUAAAUGAGUAUUUCUGACUAUGCUCCAGUUAUUACCUUUUCCCUUGUCUCCUCCUUUAUACAGGGUCAAGCUGAUCAUGAUGAAUAACAUGCUGUCAUUCUUUACUGACUCCAUCAUUUCAGUCUACUGCUCUUUUUACCCAACUGUUCAAUUUAUUAACCAAAGCAGAUAAAGAUGGCUGCCUUUUUAACUUUCUUCAAUUUUGACUCAAAUGCCUCUUUAGCCACCAAUGGGAAUCAACUAAGCGUAACAUUGAAAAUAACGUCUCAAGUCGUAUUACUACAUUAGGUGUGAUGUAGGCGAUGCAAAUCAUUGUCACUUUCCACUGCAAACCCAGCUUCUCUUGUCAGGUAAUGUGCAGAAAGAAGUUAUGUUUUUACAGAAAUCUGGAUGUGUGGCUUUGAAGUGUGAUCUGAGAAUAUUGUUGCGUAUGUGUGGGGGCUGAAUCUAGAGAUAGAGGCAGCCUUACAUUGCAGCAUAUGUACUAAGUCCAAGGACGAGGACUGGAGAAAAAGUUGGAACAGCAUCUGCUAAACCAUGCUAGUUAGGUUUUGAACUACACUUCAUUUUCAAACUGAUUAAUCUACAUAUACAUAUUAAUUUAAGAUCAUCUUAGUUAUACAGUUAAUAGUAUUAACUGUAUAACUAUUAGCUGAGGAAUCAGUUUAGGAAGUGAGAACAAGAAAGUGGCUCAGUCAGAUUUUGCUAAGGCUAGUUUAGCACAGCUGUUAGCUAGGAGUAUCUUUUCAGAUUCUAUAAUGUCACUUUAUUUUAAAGUUGUUGUUUUUUCUGGUAACAAUCACAUGUUUCUUAAUUGGUCACCAAACUUUAUUUUCAGUUUGCACAAGGCUUUGAAGAAGAGAAAAUGUUAAGAUUCUCAUAUGUUGUACAAACUGUUUGGUCUAAAUCACUUUUCAUGAUAAAGAAAAUGCACCUGUGGAACUAAAUCACAUAAACUCUUCAGAGGUUAGAAUUCAUGACUUUACUUUUUUUUUUUAAUUUGUCACUUAUAAGAUUUUUUUGGGGUGAUGUAAUCUCAGUGACUGAUAAAAGAAUGAAUAAAUAGAUGUUCAAUAUAUCA